AUGGAAGAUAAGAAGAACACAAUUCAAGUCGAGGUGCGAAUAAAUCCUAGAUUAGACAAUGUAAUAGAAAGUACACCUUCAGCAUUGACCGUAGGAACAAAAACUUACACUUUUAGUAAAGUGCACCUUACUACAUCGCAGGUACAAAUUUACGACAGAAGUGUCAGGCAUCUCACAGAGUCUUUUCUUGAAGGGUAUAAUUGCACAGUGAUGGCUUAUGGACAAACAGGCAGUGGAAAAACUUACACAAUGGGAAUGACACACGAAGAUAUGACGGGGAUUGUUCCCCAGUCUCUUAAGCACAUAUUCAAGAUAACCCAGGAGGUAAACUGCAUUUUCAUCGAGGUUUACAAUGAAGAAGUGAUUGACCUGUUCAGUAAGCACAAAAUGCCUUUGAGCCUGAGAGAAGUAAAUGGAGAAGUCACCAUUGCUGGAGCAAGUGAAGUGACUCUGAAAUCAUACGAAGAUGGAAUUGAGGCCCUGAAGAAGGGAUCCUUGGAAAGAACAACAAAAUCAACCAAUAUGAAUUCAAAAUCGUCUAGAAGCCAUGCUAUAUUUACCCUUUUCCAUAGAAAGGAAGUAAAUGGAUCAUUCAUAACAUCGAAGUUUUCCUUUGUUGACUUGGCAGGAAGCGAAAGGCUUAAAAGAACCAUGUGUGCCGGAGACCGUGCAAAGGAGGGAAUCUCCAUCAACUCAGGGCUUCUGGCUCUUGGAAAUGUCAUUUCUGCUUUAUUUAAGAAAUCUUCCCACAUUCCCUUUCGAGACUCAAAACUUACCCGAAUUCUUCAAAGCUGCCUUAAUGGAUAUGUAUUGAUGGUGGCUUGCAUUUCUUCUUCUCAUGCCGACAUUGGCGAAACACACAACACCUUAAAGUAUGCAAGCAGAGCAGCCUCCAUAGAAACCACGACGAAAAUGAAUAUACAAGUGGAUAGUUCAAAGUUUACAACUCUUUUAUUGAAAAAAGAAAUACAGAAGCUUAAGGCUGAAAACCAAAUACUUAAGGAGAAGUUCCGUCGGGAGUCCAAAGUUAAUAUAGAGGAAUUAAUUUUGGAGAAUCGGAGUCUCAAAUCGAAGUUAGAAACUCUAGAUUUUGAAAAAAACGACAGAAGGGAGGAUAUCGUCCAAGAAAUUCUAAAGCAUCCUUUUGUUCAAAAUCUGAUAAACGAAAAUCAAAAACUUAAGGAUACGAUUCAAAGAAUGCCGAGAGAACCGGAAAAUCGAGGUUUAAUCACAGAUGAAUACAAAGGCCUAGAAUCUUUUAAAAGAAAAGCAUCGGAGAAUAGAAUAAACUCUCCAGAAAAUAGUUCCAGAAAGAAAAGGGACGAAGAGAAAUUAAAGAUAGUUGCAGAGUUAGACGAACCGGAAGCAUCGACAAAUAAUCCAGGAGAUAAUGAAUACAAACGCCAAAUAGAAAAUCAGAGCCAAAGGGAAUACAACAAAAUCGACACAAUAAGAAAAUAUGUAGACUCUCUAGAGAUAUCUGACACAUGCGAGAUUAUAGAAGAUCAGAUGACACAUGCAGCCUCCAGUAAGACCCAUAAAAGAAUUGUUUCCUUUGAUUUAGAAAGAAAUACCAAAAAAUAUGCACUUUUCACACCGAGAAAAGAGAAGAUAACCAUGAAUACAACUAUCGUAGAGAAACUAUCAGGAUACCUCCCUACUACAUUGGCCCUUUUCGAUUCCUGCCUUGUAUUUGGAUCUAUAGAUAAUAAAAUUAGAAAAUGGAGUGAUAGGACAGAAACUCUGUUUACAGAGGAGGGCGUUAGAUGUAUGGAAGGAUUAGAAACACUCUUAUACACAACUCGAGGAAUAUUGAAGAGGUUUGACCACAGAUCUGGUACACGUCCAGUAUAUGGUUUCAGAAGCGAAGUUUCGGCGUUACUCUCUAGAGAUAACUAUAUAUUUACAGGGCAUGAAGAUGGGACUCUUUCUAUACUGGACCAAAGGAAUUGUAAGUUAGCAUUUGCCGAAAAAGCACAUUCCGGAACAGUGUUCUGCAUAGAAAGAAUGGGGCAGGACACAUAUACAGGCUCUAGAGACCAUACUGUUAAGCGCUACAAUGAUGGCUUUAUAACCCUUUCCCCUCCACAUCUGGACUCAGUUCAGGGAUUAUUGUGCUAUAAGAACGAACUCAUAAGCUUCGGAAGAGACUGCUCGUUAAGAAGAUGGAAAGAUGGAACCAUAGUUAAAACUGUUCCAUAUGCACAUGACUCAUGGAUCAAGUGUGGAGCAUCGAUGGAGGAUUCGUUUGUUACCGGAUCCAAGGAUGGAAUGCUUCGAUUUUGGGACUUUUUAGAUAGUUCUAUGUUCUGCGUUGGAAAGAUGAAGAUUGUAGGAGCAAUAAACUCAGUAAUAUGGGAUGGGAAACUCAUUUAUGUUGGGACCCAAAGUAAAGAAAUUUUAGCAAUAAGAUGCAAAUACGAAAGUAACUAG